AUGGCGAAUGUUCCUGUUUUACUGCGACUAGCCUCUACCACUUGCUGCCUGGCAGUUCUGGCCGCGAACUACAACUGGCUCGCCACCCUUCCAACAAAUGCGUUUACCAGCCUUGUGGUAAGCCUUGCCACGUUGAUUGCCUUGAGCUUUAUUGGGGACAAUUCAGGCCCGAAGCAGCCUGAGCUGCAUCGAUACCCAGCAACUGACUGGAAAGCCAAGUUGCCCGAGAGGAACAUCAGAGAGGGCUACCCCAAGUACAACGAAAAAGAUGCCGUGAAGUCGUUUACUUCCGUUUGUGAGUGUUUGAUUCGCGAGUGCACAGAGUCCUUGCCUUCAACGCACGAGCUGCCACAGAUGGAACAGAAGUGGAUCGUAGAUAUGCUGGAGUACAACGUCAAGGGCGGAAAGAUGAACCGAGGCUUGAUGGUUGUGGAGAGCGGCAAGGUGAUCAUGAAGUCACAAGGCCGGGAGCCGACGGACGAUGACCUCAAGAAGCUUGCAGUGCUCGGGUGGUGCAUCGAAUGGCUACAGGCCUGGCUCCUGGUCGCGGAUGACUUCAUGGACAGCUCCGAGACGCGCCGUGGCCAAGUUUGUUGGUACAAGAAGGAGGGGGUCGACGAGAUAGCAAUCAACGACGCCUUCCUCUUGGAAAUGCUAGUCUUCAGGGUCUUGAAGCGACACUUCUGGACAGAGCCAUAUUACAUGGACCUGGUUGACCUUUUCAUGGAGACAACUUUCCAGACUGAAUGUGGGCAGCUUCUUGAUCUUCAGUGCAAGAACUUGGGUCUGGCUGACUUCACUUACAAGCGCUGGGAGCUCAUAGUCAAGUACAAGACCGCCUUCUACUCCUUCUACCUACCUGUGGCACUGGCGAUGCUGGUCACAGGCGUCAGGGACAAGAAGGCCUUCGACACUGCGAGGGAAGCGCUUCUGUUGAUGGGCAUCUACUUUCAGGCCCAGGAUGAUUAUUUGGAUGCCUUCGCAAGCCCUGAGGAGCUUGGCAAAGUUGGAACAGACAUCCAGGACAAGAAGUGCAGCUGGCUUUUCGCGCAUGCCUACCACGAGCAAAGCACUCCGGAGGCAAAGUCCUUCUUGGACGAGCACUACGGCAAAUGCGAGGUGGGCAGUGAAGAGGAGGAGAAAAUCAAGGACAUCUACCGAGAACUCGGCCUGCAG